CGUUCUCCAGACCCCCUAAACCCUACCUUUUCAACCCACAUCAGCCGUUCACCUGCCAACCUAUAUCUUCGUUUGCUUACUUUCCCAUAGCUCCACACCUUCCCAUUCAGAUGAAGGGUCAUCGAGUGUGACCGAAACUUCUAUGCCUCAGAAGCUGGCUAAAGGACAGAAGCAACAGUGUCAAUCGUUUGAAUCUUUUUGAACCUUUGCCUUGUCGAAUCAAUCUUGACUCCAUUCUCCUCAUUGCGUAUUCGUUUAGCUGCCUAGAUUGGAGCAGGUGCACUUGCUGUACAUCUUCAACAGUCAGCAACGGGUUACCCUUACCCGCUUGACAGAACGUUGAGAAACUCGUUGCUCCUCCGACGACUCAAGUCCUGUUCGCCUCAUAGCAAAACAGUUUGGACAUGGCGCCCUCCUCCGCCAACCCUCCGGAUACGAUGAUGGUCUCGGAGACCCAAAACAACAAGCCCACUAACGCCGAAGAGACUGCAGGGGGUGCGACUGCUGGGGUGAACUCGAGUACCCCAAAGCAAAAACGACUGGCAUGCGAGAUAUGUCGAAGGAGGAAACUCAAGUGCGAUGGCACCAAGCCAAGUUGCAGCACUUGCUCGCGUCUCGGCCAUGUAUGCGCCUACGAUGAGAGGAGAAAGAAGAGUGGUCCCAAGAAGGGUCAUCUCAAGGCCUUGGCGGAACGAUUAAGUGCGCUGUUUUACAAACUGUGUCCGGUCCCCUGGCUUCGGUGAUGAAAGCAGUUUGCUGACACUCCUCUUUUUGCUCGCAGAGCAAGUUGAGACUUUGCUGAAGACGCAGGAAGCACCGAGACUGAGUGCAGACGGUAACCCAAUAGCACCGAAUAUCGUCUUUGGUAGUGGACUCAGCCAACCAAGUCAACAUGCUGCUGCCGCGGCCGCCAACUUCAACGUUCCGGGCCCUUCCCGUGGAAUGGCAACAGAGGGGAGCAUGGAUCAGUGGCAGUUCCAAGGCGAUCCGAGCAGCACAGGAUUGGAUGACUUCAACUUGGGCAACAACUUGGGACUAGGCAUGAGUAGUAUUGGCGGCGACUUUACCUGGGAAAUGAUAGGCCUGGGACUGGAGGAGCCAUUACCGCCCCAGGAGACCAUCGACGAGCUGCACCAAGUAUACUUUGACAAAAUACACCCUUCCCUCCCAAUGAUACACCGCGCCCGCUACUUCCAUGCGAUGAAUCUAGCCCCAAAUCAGCGGCCACCGGUGUGUCUACGCUAUGCUAUGUGGACACUGGCCUGCUCGGUGUCAGACCGGUUCCUCGAUUUGAAAGAGCUGUUCUAUCAGAGGGCCAGGAGGUAUCUGGAGUUGGAUACCAUCAAAGGCUUUGGAGAACACAUGAUAACGGUGUCACAUUGCCAGACCUAUGUGCUCCUGGCAUCCUACGAGUUCAAAUGGAUGUAUUUUCCGCGAGCAUGGAUGAGUAUAGGCUCGGCCGUACGCUUAUGCCAGAUGAUGGGCCUCUAUCGAGUUGAUGGUGGUGACUUGGAGGUAAAACAGUGCUUACCGCCCCCACGAGAUUGGACAGAAAAGGAAGAGCGCCGACGAACCUUUUGGAUGGCCUUCUGUCAGGACCGUUACGCCAGCAUCGGGACGGGUUGGCCGAUGAUCAUUGAUGAGAAAGACAUUCUCACCGACCUUCCUGCCUCCGACGAGGCCUACGACUUGAGUCACCCCCAGGAGACCCAAAGCCUGAAUGAUGUGACGCUCCAUACGGGUCCUAGUAAGUUGUCGUCUUUUGGCGGUGUCAUCCUUCUUGCGUACCUCUUUGGCAGAAACCUUAUCCACCUCCACCGGCCGACUGAGGACGACCGAGAUGACGACCUCAAUGGCGAAUUUUGGAAGAGGCAUAGACAGAUGGAUAACAUCCUUCUCAAUGUUUCGCUUUGUAUACCAUCUGCCCUCAAGCUGCCACAGGGUCUGGCCAAUCCAAACGUCGUCUUCACAAAUAUGUGCAUUCACACGUCGACUAUAUGCUUGCACCAGGCAGCGAUAUUCAAAGCAGACACGAACAACUUACCUGCCAGCGUUAGUACUGAGUGUAAGAUGCGAUGUAUUACCUCGGCUCACGAGAUUGCAAGUAUCAUGAGGAUGGCCUCUCACCUUGACUUGGAUAGGCUGAAUCCAAAUAUGUCGUUCUGUCUCUAUGUUGCAGCAAGAGUAUUUGUGCAGUUCCUCAAAAGCCGUCCAGACGAUGGCCAGGUAGCCGACUCUCUUCGGUUCCUACUGUCAGCCAUGAACGCACUGAAGCGGAAGAAUCCUCUUACUGAAUCCUUCGUAGUACAGCUUGAUGUAGACCUUGAAGCUCUUGGUGCCAAGGUUCCCAAGCUCAAAAACGCCUUCUCAAGAAGUAACGAUGGUCACACAUCACGAGCCCACAUGAAACCUGGGACCGGACUCGGAGCAUCCACACAACAUGGGAACAUGUACCACCAGGAAUGCCAGUUCCUCCGAACCGUCGAAGACGACGGCAACCCCGUCAACGCCCCCAACCUAGUCAAGCCCGUUGAUUUCGACGAUCCUCUUGUUCAGCUCCCUGGCUCGAGCAGGAACACCGCACCAGACUGGUCAUCAUCAGUCGAGCAGCGAAGUCCCAUUCUAUCCGCCGGCGGGCAACACGGCGGCGACUCUGCCAGGACCGACGGUUUAGCCUUUGACACGUUUAUUCAUGGCAGGAUGUCGAACAACAUCUCGCUCCCUCCGAAUUAUCAGACUCGCCCUCAUCACGAUCCCGACGCCGGGGGAAAUAGCGACGGCGUCCCGCUGUCCACUCCUUCACCAAACUCUAACCAGCCCACGCCCAAUUCUGGCACAUCAUCUUCGAACCAUCACCACCAUCUGUGUCACCAAAUGCAUCAGCAUCAGCAUCAACAUCCACACCAUCAUCCUCAUCCUCAGCCUCACCCCCACGCUCAUCACCAGCAAGAACAUGGACAAGGGCAAGUACAAGGACUAGCACCCACCAACGAUGGCCGACAUAUGAGCGGAUCCGGCGGAUCUUCAUCUUCCAUGUCCUUUGACAAUCGCAAUAAGAAUCACAGCACCAGCCCCAUAACCCCCGGCUCCUCUACAAAUCCUACCAUAACCACGGCUGCCACAGCUCUUGCAACUACUGCCACCGCCACCACUACUACUAGCACUGCUCUGGACAUCAAUCCAAGCCCUGCCGCAGCCGUCGGUUUUUUUCUCGAUCCAACUGCCUUUGGUAUGCCGGGCGUUGAGAUAGCUCCGGAAAAUACGACUAAUUCGGGGUUAGCGAGGACGGCGUCCGACCCUCACGCCACCACCAUUGUUGGCAACCCCAAUAAUGGCAACAACCUCGGGAUGGGUUCCGGCGUCGGGAUGGGCAUGAAUAUCGGCGUCGGCAGGGAUGGUGGCGGUGGUGGCAUGACGCCGGAUAGUGUGCUGCGAUCGCUCAUGGCAAUGGGGAACAUGGAAGGUAUGGACGGCAUGGAGGGGUGUGGAAUGGAUUUGGGGUGGGGUAACGGCGGUACCAGUCACGAACUGGACAGUCAUGGGAAUAGGCAUGGUGAUGGUGGGAGUUUUUAGCCCGGUACUUACCUAUUUACUUUGGUAGGUAGAGGUAGUUGGAAUUGUUUGAUGGAGGCUGGCGUGACGGGACGUCGGGACGGGAAGGAGGAAGGGGAAGGGAAACGGGCAAGUGGGGAAACGGGAAACUAAGGGGUUGAAGCACUCACUGGAGAGGAGAGGACGGAAGGUCCGUCAUUUUUCGGAGAAGGGGUUGGAGUAUAAUCUGAAGCAGGUACCAAGGCAGACUCUUCAGGCAGUAACUACUGACUCGAAUGUUGCCUGCAGCAGGUCUUGUUAAAACCCCACGGAGGUGACAAUGGUUGUUGGCGAUUUCAUUUCUGUUGGUAUUUCAUGCAUUCCCUUUUCGACUUAUCUUUGUGUUAUUUCAUCAAUUAGAUUAAGCUGUUGAGAGCAACUCCAUCAUGGUGUCCAAGCAGCGGUCGGUUACGGGUCUUGAUUCGGUGUGUUUCACCUCAUGUUAUAUUAGUAAUCAAAGGCAUAACCUCUCCACUUCAAACCAACAAGGAACAAAGAUAAAUAAAUGAAUAAAGAUAGAUAAAUAAGAAUCAG